GAGGGAUGUGAAUCUUGCCAACGUUUACCUCCGCUUGGACUUUUUCUAUUUCUCAAGUACUUGAGGAUUGCAAGACUUAAUGGGAUAGUGAGUAUUGGUGCUGAUUUUCAUGGGAACAACUCUUCUUCAUUUAAAUCCCUUCAAGAAUUGUAUUUCUAUGAUAUGAGGCAAUGGGAAAAGUGGGACUGCCAAGCUGUGACAGGUGCUUUUCCAUGUCUACAAGAUUUUUCAAUAAAGUAUUGUCCCAAGCUGAAAGGACACCUGCCAAAGUUUGUUGCUUUAAAAACUCUAAGAGUGAUUCAUUGCCAACAACUUGAAGAGUUGACCAUUAGUUCAGCUCUGGAGUCAAUAAGUGAUGAUUGUGUCUCUCUAAGGAUCUUUCCACCGGAUUUCUUCCCAACACUCCGGACUCUUGAACUCAGUGGAUUUCCUAAUCUACAGAUGAUUUCACAGAAUCUUGUUGACAAUCAUCUCUGGCAUCUGGAAAUCAAAAAGUGCCCUAACUUUGAAUCAUUGCCUGCAAACAUGCAUAUGCUGCUUCCAUCUCUCUCAACGCUAGUGAUAGAAGAGUGUCCAAGACUUGAGUCGUUCUCUGAAGGAGGUUUGCCAUUAAAUCUAAAACACAUCACACUGAAUAAUUGCUUUAGACUUGUUGACUCACUCAAAAGAGCUUUAGGAGACAGUCCUUCGUUAGAAACUUUAAAAAUUGAAAAAUUAGAGGCGGAAUGUUUUCCUGAUGAAGGUUUGCUUCCACUCUGUCUUUCUGAACUAAUAAUAGAAGAUUGUCAAAAUCUAAAAAAACUGAACUACAAGGGUCUCUUAGAACUCUCAUCUCUUCUAACACUGAAGCUUGUGAACUGUCCCAACCUCCAAUGCUUACCAGAGGAGGGUCUUCCCAAAUCAAUUUUAGUUCUUGAAAUAAUCGCAUGUCCUUUGCUGGAACAGCGAUGCAACAAAGAAGGAGGCGAAGACUGGGAAAAGAUUUCUGACAUUCCACGUGUAUAUAUAAAUGGUAAGAAAUUUGUUUAAUUAUGUUUAAUGGUAGGGAUAGUUUAAUAGUGGUGUAUGAACUACUUUUCCUGUUGG